UGCCCAACACGGGCGGCGACGACCUCUAAACAACCUUUUGGGGUCUCGCUCGCCAUGUCUCGCCUGUUUCGCUUUGGAAUUUCACGUUGACGUCGCCGUCGCCGUCAGCGGGAGCAGAGGCAGCGGCAGAGGCGGUAGCAGCGGCAGAGCAGAGCCAGAAGUCAGAAAAUAAAAGCGUUAACCGCUCUCCUCCAGUGCAGCAGCAGCAGCGGACCCAGCCAGUCACCACUUCCCAGAUUCAGUUUCCAGUUCGAACUACACUCGAAUCUCAAAAAUGACCACCUACUUCAACUACCCCAGCAAGGAGCUGCAGGAUGAGCUCAGGGACAUCGCCCAGAGGAUCGUGGCCCCCGGAAAGGGAAUCCUCGCCGCCGACGAGUCUGGCCCCACCAUGGGCAAGCGUCUGCAGGACAUCGGCGUGGAGAACACCGAGGACAACCGCCGUGCCUACCGUCAGCUGCUGUUCAGCACUGACCCCAAGCUGGCCGAGAACAUCUCUGGCGUGAUCCUGUUCCACGAGACCCUCUACCAGAAGGCCGACGAUGGCACCCCCUUCGCCGACAUCCUGAAGAAGAAGGGCAUCAUCCUGGGCAUCAAGGUCGACAAGGGUGUGGUCCCACUGUUCGGAUCCGAGGACGAGGUCACCACCCAGGGUCUGGAUGAUCUGGCCGCCCGUUGCGCCCAGUACAAGAAGGACGGCUGCGACUUCGCCAAGUGGCGUUGCGUCCUGAAGAUCGGCAAGAACACCCCGUCCUACCAGUCGAUCCUGGAGAACGCCAACGUUCUGGCCCGCUACGCCUCCAUCUGCCAGUCGCAGCGCAUCGUCCCCAUUGUGGAGCCCGAGGUGCUGCCCGAUGGCGAUCACGAUCUGGACCGCGCCCAGAAGGUCACCGAGACCGUCCUGGCCGCCGUCUACAAGGCCCUGAGCGACCACCACGUCUACCUGGAGGGUACUCUGCUGAAGCCCAACAUGGUCACCGCCGGUCAGUCGGCCAAGAAGAACACCCCCGAGGAGAUCGCCCUCGCCACCGUGCAGGCUCUGCGCCGCACUGUCCCCGCCGCCGUCACCGGUGUGACCUUCCUGUCUGGAGGUCAGUCCGAGGAGGAGGCCACCGUCAACCUGAGCGCCAUCAACAAAGUGCCCCUCAUCCGCCCAUGGGCUCUCACCUUCUCCUACGGCCGCGCUCUCCAGGCUUCCGUCCUGCGCGCCUGGGCUGGAAAGAAGGAGAACAUCGCCGCCGGCCAGAACGAGCUGCUCAAGCGCGCUAAGGCCAACGGCGAUGCUGCUCAGGGCAAGUACGUUGCCGGAAGCGCUGGAGCCGGAUCCGGAUCCCUGUUCGUUGCCAACCACGCCUACUAAGGCGUAUGGACCGACUUUGUCUACUCGCAACUAUGUAAAACAAACUACGAAGCAGAUUGCUGGACUCGUUCGGCAACUUUGUUUAUUUUUAACUUAGUUUCUCAAACUAAGAAAAGCAAGCAUUAAAAAAUCUAAAAAAAAAAAAUAAUUACAAUUUCUGAAAAUGUUAUAUAUGUAGUACGUCACAUUUUUGAGAAUUAAUUAUGAUAUAUAUGUUAGAAAGCAACUAAAUGAUGAGUACAGAAAAAAGGAAGGAUUAUGUUCGAUGGAGAAGCAAUUUUAUCUUUAGUUUUAAGCGCAUGAACCUAUUAUUGUUGAAGUUAUGCAAUUUCUAUUUUAUUAUUACUAUGAUUAUGAAAGAUUUCAAUGUGAACAAGCCAAAUAUGUCGUAAAUCGUUAAGCAAAAAACACAUUUUAUAGUGAAAACAAGACCAACCACUAUCCCAACAUCAAAAUGUCAAAAUCUUGAAACAUUGAAAUCGCACAACGUUCUUUUACAUUUUUUAAUGUUUUAUAAAAAUCCUUUAUGAAAAGCGAUGUUUUAUCAUUAUUAUUAUUAUUAAACUUUAUAUUUAUGAUCGAUAAGUAUAAGUGAAACAAAUGACGCAAAUAAACAAAACACAAUAAAAUAAACCCCGAAAAACCCCAAAACAACUCUAUUAACCAUAUAUAUGAAUAUAUAUACACUGUUGUAAAACAAAAUGUUGUUACGAAAAACUAACAAGAAAUAUUUUGAGCUGUACUCCAGCGUCCAUUGGCUGCCUAUCUGUGCAGGGGCACAGGGCUUGUUACUAUAGCCUCUCGACUCCAUCUUUGGGGGCGUAACAAGGGCAAAGGUCAUUAUCACAGUACAUAUUUACACACUGAAAUACUGUACCGAUGACUAACACACAUAUUUAUCAAGAAUGUUUAAUUUUAUACGUUAUUCAAGUUGCAAAUUCUGCAUAUCGUUGUUAAUUACAUAUUUGUUUGAAGUGCAAUGUGAAAAUAUAACACACAAACGAAGGAUAUAUAAUACUAACCGCAAGGAUUAAGCUUAAAAUAGUUUAUUGUCAAACAAAACUGAAAAGUCACCACCACAAACAGCAGACAACAACAAGCUGUUUAACCAAUAUACAAGAAAUAAAAAACAACAAAAAAAUUAACAUCAGCUUAAAAAUAUGGUGUUGAAAUAACAUCUUUCAAUAAAAACCUAAAGAGCAAAAGAA